AUGGUGAGAUGCUACCCUCUGGCCCUCCGUCCGCAAGCCCCAUCAAACAUUCGACACUCCGGACUUCUCCACCCCCCCAUCGCAACAUCACCGCCGCGGCCAUACCGCCCACGCCCAUGGCGCCCCACCCGCUCCCUCUUCACGCAGCUCCUCCACGACGAAAACAAGCAAAAACAACGCAAUGCCAACAUCCGCCACUUCGGCGCGUCCUGGAUCCGACCGCCAGGAAUCCAGAAGACAUACCAAGCGAUGAUCGACGAGGAGAAGGAAAUGAAGGAGCAGGAAGCGCUUGCGAUGCGCGAGCAGCAGAUGAUGGAUCUCGCGGCUGCGCAGCAAGAUGCUGCGAAUGCGGAGGCGAGGGAUGCCGCGGGCGAGGAGAUUGAGGAAGAGGAGAGGGAUCUGGAUGAGGAUGUGCCCGAGGCGGAGGCGGAGGGGAGUGAGUCUGAGGUUUCGGCGUCGGGUAGUGAGAGCGGGAAUGAAGGGAGUGAGGAAGAGGGCGGGAGUAGGGCGGAUGUCACGUUCAAUGAGGAUAGCUUCAUUGAGGGGAGUAUGAUCGAGGGAAGGGUGGGGCAGAUGCUUGCGAUGGAGGAGGCGUCUAUGGAAGGCUCGCUGCUUGAGGAACGGGAUCUCGAUGAUGAUGUGCCGGAGGCGGGGGAUUACGAACAUACGGAUUCGUCCUUGAUGGACUCGAGCGAGGAUGAUGGGUCGUUUGUGCAGCCGCAGCCAGGAACCAUGAGGUCGACCAGGAGCAGACGGAGUUCUGGCGCGGUGAGGAGUACGAGGAGCAGGAGGAGUUCUGCUGGGGUUAGGAGUGUGAGGAGGACGAGUGGUCUCGUGCAGGUUCAUACCGUGGGCCAGGCUCAUGCGAUGGGUCAGCUUCAAGCGAGGGAGCAGAUGCGGAAUAAUAGGAUGAGCUUGGAGCUGGAGGGGAGCAGCUCGAUAAUGGAGGGAAGCUCAUUCUUGAGGAGCAGCCCUGCGGCUGCGAGGGGUGACGUGAGGGCGAGACUGUUCGGCGCAAGACAACAGAGAUGA